UCGUGGGUCACGCGCGCGCCGCCGCCGCGGUGUGAGGGCGUCCCGCCGGGGCCGGGCGCCCAUGGAGGGGUCCGGGGAGGAGGAGGCUGCGGCCGACGCGCCGCUGCAGCAGCUGGUGAAGCGGCAGCGCAAGGAGAAGCGGGAGCUGCAGGCAAAAAUUCAAGGCAUGAAAAAUGCUGUUCCCAAGAAUGAUAAGAAGAGACGAAAACAGCUGGCUGAAGAAGUUGCCAAACUAGAGGCAGAACUUGAACAGAAGCACAAGGAGGAAUUAAAGCAGUUGAAGGAAGCUUCACCUGAGCAGAAUAAGACAGAUUCUAUAGCUGAUGGGGUUGCAAAUUUAGAGCUUGAAGGAGUAGAGCAACAGAUUCAGCAUCCUCGAAUAUCAAAAGCACAGAAGAGGCGGGAAAAAAAAGCUGCCUUGGAGAAAGAAAGAGAAGAAAGGAUAGCUGAAGCUGAGAUAGAAAACUUAACGGGUGCUAGACAUCUUGAAAGUCAGAAACUUGCCUCCCUAUUGGCAGCAAGGCACUUGGAGAUUAAACAGAUCCCUUCGGAUGGCCAUUGCAUGUACAGAGCUAUUGAAGAUCAGCUCAAGGAUCGCCAGAAUUCCUGGACUGUUGCAACUCUGAGGAGCCAAACAGCAAAGUAUAUGCAAAGUCACUUUGAUGACUUCCUGCCAUUUCUUACAAACCCCAAUACUGGAGACAUGUAUAGCAGAGAGGAAUUUGAAAAAUACUGUGAUGAUAUAGCGAAUACAGCUGCAUGGGGUGGUCAGCUGGAACUAAGGGCUUUGUCGCACAUUUUGCAAACACCUAUUGAAGUAGUGCAAAUGGAUUCCCCUCCCAUUAUUGUUGGUGAAGAAUAUUCAGGCAAACCGAUAGUACUUGUGUAUAUGAGACAUGCCUAUGGAUUAGGAGAACAUUACAAUUCUGUACAAAUUCUAACAGAUGCUGCUACAGAAAAUGGCAGCUAGCAUACAAAAGUCAUAAAUCCACAUGGAUAACAGUUGCGUCUUGAUGCGUUGGGCUACAGACAGUUCCUAGACAGACCAGGAAGUAAAACUAAAUGGAAUGGAUUAAAAAUGAAAAAAAGACAUGCAAAGUUUGACUAUAAAUCAGAAAUUGCUCUUGAUUUAAAACAAAACCAAACCAAAACUGCACAACAGUAUUUUAAACUUGUUGGUAUUAAUCAUGUUUAGAUGAUCUUCUCUAAAAUGGCGGCUGUGUAGAUCAGAAGUUGUUGUUUGUUUUUUUUCAUAGAGCUUCAUGCCAUGCUGCACUGAAAACGGAGAGUAGUAAAUGUUUUCGUUAAUGUGCAUCUCUGCUGAAAAAUUAAGGUCACCUGAAGGCUCCUGUUACGUUAUUUCCAGCAGGUUUUUAUGAUCAUGGAAGAGUUAAGGCAUUUAAAAUAAUUUAUUUUAUUUUGAUUGAUGGAAUGUCCUCUACAGUGUUUCUUUAGUUCUAUCAGGAUCUCGCUUUAACACUGUAGGAGGGAUCCCCUUCUUUAUUUGGUCAGAGAAGAGCUGGAGGCAAGUCCAGUAGUAAAUGUCUUGUUUGGCUGAAGGAGUUGCACGAUCUUUUUAUUUUAAAGACCUUCAUCUAAGAUUUUUACCGAAGUUUGAGGACUUCACUUUUUUCUUUUUUUGCAGUUGACAAUAGGAACCAAAUGCUUGAUGCUGUUCUUAGUACUGAAUCUGUAGGAAGAGCAUUGUUGGUUUUGACCGUACAUCAUUACAUUGAUGCAAGUUGACUCUGCUAUUCAUCCUUUAUAGUCUUUCAUCUGUGCAUUUCUAUGAUACAGAAAUCUUAUAAACAGAAAGCUCUUCCAUGUCCUCACUUCAGGUUGUGAAACUCGUCUGAACUCAUCAUUUAUGGAUCUCCUGAUCUAAGCACUUCAUGAUCUAAAGUUUUAUAGUGCUUAAAACAGCUGGUUGCAUACAGGUGUAAAAAUAACCGCCUUGGGUUUUGUCAGUAACUUUAAAGGUGAUCUGCAGAAGAAUUAAGUUUAUUUUCAUUGCCCGUUAUGAUACACAGAGACUUGAAAGUUGGGGUUUUUUAAUCUGGCUUGACUUCUUACAUUAAAUGUAGAUUUUUUUUGUCUUUAAGUUACUGUAAAUGUGACUCCAAAAUUAGCAGCAUACUGAAACCAAAGUUGUAUUGCAAUUGUUUUUUUUAACACUAGAACUGAUUUAUUUAUUUUUUGUUUUUUAAAAGCCUUAGUCAAUAAUAUGACAAUUGUCUAUAUUUUAGUGCUGAUGAGUUGGUUGGAGAAAAGCGUUUCAUGUCAAGUUUAAA